UGUUUUGCCAGACGUUUUGUGUUAAACUUGGAAAACACACACACUGAGUAUUGAUUUAGCUGAGUGACAGUGUACAUUGAAUAGGUCCUUGAUACCGGUUUGUUUGUUGUGUGCUGAGGGGGUGGGAGAGGAGACUGUUUAAAACAGACGAGUUGAACCAGGCAGAAAACAAUACACGUCAUCUAUAAAAAGCUUUACAAUAAUAGCUGAAUAUUGUAACUUAAAAAAAUAAAUAAAAAAAAAUUGGAAUUAAGUCACAUGACUUGUACACAUUUAGUGGCCGCUUUCACAGACCCAGAUUAGGGUUCAUGUUUGAGUACUUUAGCGUUCGAAGGGCCGGGUUGUUGUUGCUGCUGCUGCUCUGUGAAACCAGGGGGUUAAGUCGGUACCUGGCUGUUUCCACAACGGUUACUUAGCAGUGCUGUAGCUUUAAGAAGGUAGGGGGAGAAGGAGGAGGAGUGAGAUACUCUUGUGAAAUCGCCCUGGAGGAGACAGGGAGUGCACUCGCUGAACUGAAUUAGAUUGCUGUGCAGCUGGUUGGAGGAAGAAGUGGAGCUGAAAUUCAAGAAGAAAUAGAGACGCACACACAUUAAGGAGAGAGGAGGGGUGCAGGCUGGAGGGCAGCAGGUUUGAAUAGCUUAGUCGGGAGUGCUGGAAAGAAAUAAGGAAAGUACUGAGCUGCUGUAUGGAAAGCAGUAAGUUUGAAUUGAUCAAGAGUUAGAGAAAGUUGAAAGAAAGUAGGAGUGAAAACCAUUGGCACCUCAUUCCUAAGGCAGUGCUCCCUGUGAUUCCGCACACUGGGAUCAUGUCCUUAGCAGAGCAGAGCCAGCAGUGGUACCCCACCAACGUGAAUGUGACGGUGCUCCAGGCCCACAGCCUGAAGGCUAAGGGGAAGAACGGCACCAACGAUGCCUACGCCAUCAUCCAGCUGGGCAAGGAGAAGUUCUCCACCUCUGUGUCUGAGAAGAGCCUGGCCCCGGUGUGGAGGGAGGAAGCCAGUUUCGAGCUGCCUCUGUUCCACCAGGGGAACCAGGAGAGGUGCACGCUGCGCAUCGUGGUGAUGCACAGGGCCCUGGUGGGGCUGGAUCAGUUUCUGGGGGAGGCUGUUAUCAACCUGCUGGAGCUGCAUGAGAACAAGGAGCGCAACAAGACAGAGUGGUUCAAGCUCAAGUCGAAGGCGGGUAAGAAGGAGAAGGAAAGGGGGGAGGUUCAUGUGAACAUCCAGUUCAUGAGGAACAACAUGACUGCCAGUAUGUUUGACCUCUCCAUGAAGGACAAGUCACGCUCCCCCUUCGGCAAGCUGAAGGACAAGAUCCGGGGCAAAAAGGACCGGGGGGGCUUCUCUGACUCUGCCUCUGCCAUUGUGCCGCCGGUCUCCCAGGUUCUGACCGACAGCGAGGGGGAGGAGGGAGGCGGAGGCAAGGAAGAGAAACCCAAGAAGUCCGCCAAAUCCAAGAUCAAGUCCAUCUUUGGCAAAUCGUCGAACCUCCAGCGCUCAUCCCUCUCCCAGUCCAUGUCGGUCCUGCCCUCCCUGCAGCCGCUCCCAGAGAGGAAUGCGUGGCUCAGCGGCAGCCGGUCAUCUGGACUGGACGUUGAACCGUCUCUGUCUCCAGUACCAGAGGCUAAAGUGGAGGGCAAGCCCCCCCUACCGAAGCCCUCAACCCACAAGCACAGCCUGAGCGCCGACACCAAGCAGCUCUUUUCUGGCAAGAAGGAUCCCUUCUCCCUGCUGGGGGGUCUGCGCUCCAAAAAUGACCCCAUGUCCCAUUCCAGCGUGUGCAUCAAUGGGAGCCACGUGUACACGGAGGAGCCUGACCCUGAACCGGGCCUGAGAGGCUCUCUGCAGAACCUGUCUGGCGGCACCAAUAUUGGGUCCACUGAGGACUUCACCUCCCUGAAGAGCAGCGACCAAACCUCCACAGAGUCCCUGAAGAGCAAGACCCUGCCCAGCUACAAAGUGCAAAGCACCAGCGCAACCCAGAGGAAUCAGGAGGAGCUGCAGGAGGAGGAACACGCUGCCAGGAAGGCCGAAGAGAAGAGGCUAGAGGAAGAGAGGAAGAGAUGGCAGCAGCAGCAGGAGGAAGAGGAGAGGAGACUGGAAGAUGAGCACAAGAGAGUGGAGGAGAGGAAGAGACAGGAGGAGGAAAACAGACGGAGGCUGGCUGCAGAGGAGGAGGAAAAGAAAAGGCAGGAGGAAAUCCGUAAGAAAGAGGAGAGCAAGACAGUAGAGAAAUCAGAGAGCACCAAGGUGUCCACUCUGCUGUCGAUGGUCAGGGGGAGGAAAGACUCUCUGAAGAAUUCGGACAGCGUGAGUCCACCCGAGACCCCUGUAGACAAGAUGACCAAGUCUGUCCCCAAGAAACAGGGUUCCCAGGAAUUCGAGGCGGUCCCCCUGAGGAGGAAGCCUGUUAUCCCUUCCAAAGAGGAGCAAGACCCCGAUCCGCACCUGCAGGAGAAGGAGAGGGGAGCGAAGAACCCCUCCGCCCCGACCACAGGCUUCCCUAGCUGGGCAGCGAGCAAGGUCACUGCAGUCAAGCCCAGAUUGGACGUGUCUCUGAAGGAUGAAACCAAAGACAGGCUUCCUUCUCUUUCCACCUCGUGCCUCUCCCCCAUUAGCGCCACCUCCAAUCACUUCACUAGCACCCCUUGUUCACCCUCCUCUAGCCUCCCUUCCCCUACCCCCUUUCAAGACAGCUCUGUGCCUCCCAGUCGGGAGGCGAGUUCCGGUCGAACUCCAGUCGGCUCCCUCCUGAUGGAAAACGGGAAAUCUGUCCCCAAAACCGAUGCCUCCGAGGAAGGAGAGGAACCUCAGCUCUCCCCAGGCUCAGUGUUGGACUUGCUGUCGAAGGCUUCCUCCAGCUCUAUCUCUCGGACCCCGGCGGCCACAUCUCUCUUUGAGAAGGGUAGGCAAUCAGCAGCCUCAAUCUCUGCCUGUGUUCCAGAGGGUGCUGGCAUCCCUGCGAAACCAGCUUCUGUUUUUGACUUGCUGUCUAAGGCCGCCUCCAGGACAUCUAUAGCUUCCUCCUCUGGGUCAAAUUCUCCGCUUGUAUCUUCUGUGUCCGAGUCUCCCAUUGAGAGUAUCAAUAAGCCAGCCUCCGAUUUUGACCCGCUGUUAAUAGAAAACUUCAGGCCACCGUCUCUUUUCGACUGUCCCACUGUGUCGGCCUCUAUUUCUGACUCGGCCUUUGAGAGAAUGAACAAAUCAGCCUCUGACUUGCUAUUGAAGGACACCUCAAGGCCACCCUCUGUUUCCGACACUCCCUAUGAGAAUAUCAACAUUUCUGAUUCAGAUUUGCUUCCAGAGGCCAAUUCCAGGCAAUCUUCUCUUUCUGACUGUCCAACAGUGCCGGCCUCCCUUUGUAACCGACCCUUUGAGAAUGCCACCAAAUCUGUCUCCCUGUCAAAGGAAACUCUUUCUGAAUCCCCCUUUAAGAACACCACCAGACCUGCCUCCGUUUCCGAGGCAACCUCUAGGAGCAGAAAACCCUCUACUUCUGAAACCUCCUCUGAGAAGCAAUCAAAAGCAGAUUCGCUGGCCUCCGGCAUCUCCUUCAAAUCAGACAUACAUGAAUGCAGCAGAUCCUGGGACCCAAAAUCCCCACCCCCUGAAUUGAAGAGCGAUGAGAAGCCUGCAAAACUGGACGUCAAACCAGACCCCUGUACAUCGGAGAGAGAGAAGUCCGAAACCACUGGCGUUCCUGAACCUUCUGAGCCAGGUUCAAAACAGUUCAGAACAGAAAGAGAGGUGCCAAAGCCCACGCCCAGAGCCCCCAAAUCAUCCAGGACAGACCCGUGGGGCCCCGCAGAGCCUACGGCCUCCACACCGAAACCUGCGCCCAGAACCAUCACAGUUGAACAGGCCAGGAAAGAAGAGUCUGCUGCUGCUAUCCUUGCUCCCAGUCCACUGAGCAACAAGCCAGGCACUAACUCUUCACCCGUAGAGGCAGAGGGGAGGAGCAGCCCCAGUGCCAGGAGCCCAGCAGCAGUUAACAAGCCCCCAACUUCACUGGGUGCAAAAGGUAGUUCACAGGGUGGGGGAGUCACUGGGUUGUUUGUCGGGCGUCUGGGAGUCCCUUCUGCAAGCCCAGGACAAGACAAGAGCUUGGACAACAGCAAACAGGCACGCUCUGACCGGACUGCAAAAGACAGGGAUGCGCAAAAGGAUAAGCAGGCUGGUGGAAUGACAAAGGAGAAGAGCAAACUGCCUGACAAGAGCUCUGGGGAGGUAUUCACAAAGGACAAACUUGCUGCUUCGGAUGAGAGAAGGGCUGUUGAGUCUGUCACAGAGAAGGACAGAGAGACGCUACUUCACCAGAGCACAAGGGAGAUUUUAAACCAGAAGGAUGAACAGACUGUUCAAGACAAAAAUGCAGGGGAAAUGCAGGACAAACAAACUGACCAGAACGCAGAUGACAGACUUCUAGCACUGUUGAACAAAAGCACAGGCAACAGUUUAAAACCGAAAGACAAACAAACACUGUCGGACACAAGCGACAGUGAGACUCAGAAACUUUCUGUAUUAUCCACCAAGCAGACCCCGUCGCCCCCUGACAAAAACUUGAGCGGAAUAUCCUCGCAGAAAGAGAAACUGGCAAAGCCUGACCAAGACACGGAAGAAACGGUCACAGCAAAUACAAAACAGCCACUCGAGAACAAAAACGCAGAAUUGGAGGAGGACAGACAGACAUUGUCUGAGCAGACCUCGGAGAAGGACAGAUGGACACCACCAGCCUCGGUGGAGGAUGCUGAAGGCAACACCAGCCCAUUACUGGCUGUGCAAAACAAGCCUGCAGUUAUCUCUGUGAGGAAAAGAGCGGAGAGAACAGAACCAAGCAGCACUCUGAGAUCUAACUUGGAAAAGCAGACUGGAGAGAAAGUGGUUGAGUCCCAGAGGAAGAGUAAAACAGAGAGUCUGCCCCCUCUUCCUCUUCCCCCUCUACUCCCCUCUCCCUCCUCUCAGACGGUCGUGAAUAGCCCUGCCCAGCCCAUCGGCUCAGGAGGGAAGAGGCUGCUCCAGGCCUGGGUUUCUCCCUCGGAGACACAGCCAAUCACAAUGCAGCAAAUUCCUGGCUCAGCACAGCGCAGGCCUCACCCAGUGAAGCCGAUGAGCUCCCAGGACAGUCAGACUUCCCGAAUGGAGAAGGAUCUGAAGAGCACUGGGGUGAAGGAUGCCCCGUCCGGGCGGAGUGGACUACUCGCCAGCAAGUUCACUGACCCCACGGAUGUGGCCCCCUACUCCCAACUAACACACGAUGAGCUGGUAGCUCUGGUGGGGAAGCAGAAGGAGGCACUGUCCAAGAAGGACUGCCAGAUCAGAGACCUGGAGGACUACAUAGACAACUUGCUGGUCCGAGUGAUGGAGGAGACACCCAACAUACUGAGAAACCUGCCGUCCAAGCAGGCCGGCCGCAUCUAGUGGCAGUGUGCAUCUGUCUGUCUGUCUGUCUGCCUGUCUGCCUGCAUCUCAUCAGCUCCACUUCUUUUCCAGGGAUGGAAUUAAGACUCCUAUUGCAUAUGAGUUUGAUCCAUUCCUGGUUUUGCUACAAGUUUAACAAGACACACC